AUGUUGAAUAGUAAUAGUGCUCCAAGCAGCCUGAGUGAAUCUUGCUAUGAAAGUAGAACAGCUCGAGAAAUUCUCAUGGGUAUUGAUAACAACUUUUCACGUGCUGUUGGCCUAUUAAACAAAUAUAUGCCACACAAUGAUGAUAAUGCAGAUGAACUCUCUGAUUCUAACCAGAAUAAAGCUUUCGGUACAGAUUCAAAAUCUUCCCCGAGUCAAGGAAGAAGUGGAGGUGGUACUGCUGAGUACGUGGAGGAAAAGCGACCGGAUUUCUCUCGAACACUUAGAUCAGAAGAUCCAAGUAGUCAAAUUAGUCUGCCGAAUUUUCCUGUUCAAAAAUAUCCAUCGAAAAUUGCAUCACAAAUUGAUGAUGAUUAUUCUUCUAAAGGAACACCUCAAUCAAUACCGACGGAUAUAUCGGUGAAUGUAAACGGAGUACCGCCUGGUGCUGGUGUGGAUGACCUCGACGACGACGACGAUGAUGACUAUGAUGUUGAUGGCCAACGUAAAGUCACAAAAGGACCCUUUUCAUCACAUAUAUACCGAUAUUCAUUGGCAGAUGCAUCUGCCUCUAGAGAUUUGGAUAAUGCUACUCCGAAGACGAUUGCACUAUGCCGGCGUUAUCCGUGUCACUAUUGCUUUUAUGUUUAUUUUCCAUCAACAACCAUAGACGAUGAUCUAAUGCCAUUUCGUAGAAAAGCUUUUAUGGAUAAGGUAUCACGAUUAAAAAAUCCAGAUCAUGUCAAGGAGGUUCUCGGGACAAAAUGUGCCCGUGAUGCCUAUUCUGAUCGUCGUAUACGUUCAAUCGAGCGAUUGUCUGGUACAGAAGUUCAUUUAAGUGAACUGAACCCUUCAAUGACAUGUUUUAAAGGUUUGCCAAGAAGACGUUUAACAAUAGCCGGACCAUCAUUCAUUAAUAUUUGUUGUGCAUUAAAUCUGUUUGAAAAUUUAUUACCCAGUGUCAUAAAAGGUGGUAUAUUUCCUUAUCGAUUACCAGAAAAUUCAUCGACACGUUUUCAAGCCGGUAAACGGAUGAGUUCAGUAUACAAUUGGAUUUAUGGACGGCCGAAUGGUUCCGUUUAUCUGAGAAAACAGCUAGAUGAUAGGGGGGGCUGGCGAAGUCUUCUUCCUCCUCCACGGAGAGGUGUUAGUGCUGAAAGAGUAUAAACUUGAAAUUUUGGGUCUCUCAUUGCAAGUUAUCAUUGAAGCCGAAGUGUACAAGUGGCUGAGAUAAUAAUAAUAAUCAUAAUAAUAAUA